CGUCAGUGUGCGCGCCGCGGAGAGCCAGAUAGACAGACAUCUUGUAGUAGAAUUUAGCGGCGUGGUGUUUUCGACCGUGGGUGUCGGUGUCACGAUUUCGUGUCGCGGUGCUCGUCAUUACGGUGUCGUCGCCGUCGCCGUGGUCGUCGUGGUCGUGGUCGCCGUCGUCAUCGUCAUCGUCCACUUGGCCGUGGUCGUCGCCGCCGUCGUUGUCGUGGUCGUUCUCCCUGUGUUCACGCCGCAAUCGUUGUCGUUGUCCUCCGCCUCGUCGUCGUGAUCGCUGUCGUUAAUAGUCGUUGUCUCACGGCUGUCGUUCACCGAAGGCUCUGUCGCGUUGCUCGCGUAGUGGUACCGCGGUUGCGAGACCCCGUCGUGCGGGCCGUGCAGCUCGCGUGGUCCAGCGAUCCAGUUACUCGCCCCGCAAAAGGCGUUGGUGGUACCUUUUGUCGGGCAGAGGGAGAGAGGAAGAGAGCAAAAGAGAGGGAGCGAGAAAGACGAGAAGAGUCAUACCGUCGGUCGGUCGGUGUAGUAAAUAUACGGGGAGUGAGAGGAACACGGCAGAAUAAUUUCUCACUCUGCAAACGCCCAAUGAACAACGCUCCGGAGCCACCGAUGUGCCGCACCGUGCGAUAACUUCCGUCACCUCUCCGACCCCCGUCUCCUCCCUCCCCUACUCCGUGCGUGUGUAUGUGUGUGUGCCGCGCCGGGCUCUCGAGGUGAAAAUACCGCCCUCUCCUUCCACCCAACCCCCCGUUCGAGAGGAAGGUGCUACCUCGCGCGAGUAACUACGGCUAGAGAAAGAAGAAAAAAACAGUGACAGAGUGACACGGUGAGAGAGUGGGAGAGAGACGAUCCUGUGUGACCGGGGAAGAGGAAGAGUGAAAUAGAGAAGAGCGAGGAGAGAAAGAGAGCGAGAGGCCGGCGCCCACCCGUCAACCAUCCUGAUACAGCAUGACCUCGAACAACUCGCAGAAGCUCUCCACGACGGAACGAGUGGUCAAAGAUGUGCUCUUUCCGCCGUCGCACAAACUGACAGUGGCAGAGGUGUUCGACAAGCGAACGGACCUGCCGCAGCCGGAAGUCCUCAAGCAACACUUUAUCCUCGAAGGUAGGAUCGACGAGGCUGCGGCUCUUCGUAUAAUCAACGAAGGAGCCGCCCUUCUCCGCUCGGAGGAUACUAUGAUCGAGAUCGAAGCUCCGGUCACCGUGUGCGGCGACAUUCACGGACAGUUCUAUGACCUGAUGAAGUUGUUCGAGGUGGGCGGAUCACCCUCCACGACAAAGUAUCUCUUCCUCGGCGAUUAUGUAGACAGGGGUUAUUUCAGUAUCGAGUGCGUAUUGUACCUGUGGGCGCUCAAGGUGUGCUACCCAAACAAACUAUUUCUCCUCAGAGGUAACCACGAGUGCCGUCAUCUCACGGAAUACUUCACAUUUAAGCAAGAAUGUAAAAUAAAAUACUCGGAGAGGGUGUACGACGCUUGCAUGGAGGCGUUCGACUGUCUGCCGCUGGCGGCCCUCAUGAACCGACAGUUCCUCUGCGUGCACGGCGGCCUCUCGCCGGAAAUUCACUAUCUAGGAGACAUACGCAAAUUGGACAGGUUCAAAGAGCCACCAGCGUACGGGCCGAUGUGCGAUCUGCUCUGGUCGGAUCCCCUGGAGGACUUUGGCAACGAGAAGAACGCCGAGCACUUCUCUCACAACAGCGUCAGGGGUUGUUCGUACUUUUACAGUUACGCGGCGUGCUGCGAUUUUCUGCAGAACAACAACCUGCUCAGCAUCAUAAGGGCGCACGAGGCGCAGGACGCAGGCUACCGUAUGUACCGGAAAUCACAGACGACGGGCUUCCCAUCGUUGAUCACCAUCUUCAGCGCGCCCAACUACCUCGACGUUUACAAUAACAAGGCAGCGGUGCUGAAGUACGAGAACAACGUGAUGAACAUCAGGCAGUUCAACUGUACACCGCAUCCCUACUGGCUGCCCAACUUCAUGGACGUCUUCACGUGGUCCCUGCCAUUUGUAGGUGAAAAGGUCACGGAGAUGUUGGUGAACGUGCUGAACAUCUGCUCGGACGACGAGCUGAUGAGCGACGGAGAUGAAGGGCUCGAAGAAGCGUCACAAGCCCCGACAUCCGCAAAUUUAACUCGCGAAUGCUUAGUGAGGCGGAAACACAGCGACACCGGAACGAUAUUUUCACGUGCAGCAGCCAGUCUACGCAAGGAGGUUAUCAGAAACAAGAUCAGAGCUAUUGGCAAGAUGGCGCGCGUCUUCUCCGUCCUGAGAGAGGAAAGCGAGAGCGUGCUGCAGCUGAAGGGGCUCACGCCCACUGGAGCUUUGCCUCUUGGCGCGUUAUCUGGUGGCAAGACGUCCCUAAAAAACGCUCUCCAAGGUUUCUCGCCGAACCACAAAAUCACCUCGUUCGCCGAGGCAAAGGGUCUGGACGCUAUAAACGAAAGGAUGCCACCAAGAAAGGACGCCCCGCCCACACCGGUAAACGAGGAGAAGCCCGUGAUAAAGCCGCCGGCUCCUGCGGCAGACAAGCGAGACCACAACACACCGCAACCGCAAUCGUGAGCCUCACACUCGUCCAAUCAAGGUGGCAAGGAUGGGUGUUAAGGUCCCAGUGCUGUCGCCGCCACCGCCGAAAGAGCCAAACCAUCGCUCGUCUCUCACCCCCGGUUGUUAUCGCCAGCGUGCCGUUCGUCGAGCCGAGAAGGUGCCGCCGCGCGGAAGAACGGGAGCCACGGGGACAGCCACGAGACAGGGAAGCCAGGGAGAGUUGCGGAGGAUGCGGAUGGACGUGUCACAACGAGCGUCGCCGUCGUCGCGUAUGUUGCUCGCGUCCCGGCAGCUGCUGCUGCGACAGGUGUCCCGGAUGGAGGUGUUCGACGACGGGUCGCCUGGCUCCGUUCGGCUCGCGGCCGAAGCGGGCUGCGUUCGCCUCGCGAGUGGAGCUGCGCGCCCGCCGUGCCCUCGUCUCUUUCGUCCUCUUCCUCCCUGCGGACGACGACUCGUACGACCUUCUCCUGCCGCUCUCCGACCCGUGGUCGCGUUGGAUCACGACUUAGAGGGCGCCUCGGUAGCGCUGGAGCGAGCGACGUGGGUUUGUUCGUGGGGAGGCAAGACGCGGUCUCCGUGUGUAUGCGUGGUCCGAUGGUGGAUCGACGGGAAGUCAAACGAGAUGGCGUCGCGAAGGGAUCGCGCUAUGGUAGCACGAGGAUGGUACUGCGACGAUGAAGGGAGAGUCGUGGUCGUUGAUGCGCUCGAAGGUAUAGGGUUGGACGCGCGUAGACACGGAGCGAGUGAGGGGAGGCUGAGCGUGUCUCGCUACUGGCUGACCGAUCUUUUGUCCGUGAUCCCGAUGCGCGGGGAUGGCGCACGGAUGGUUCGAUGAUGGUACUUGGCGAUCGUUUAACUUCUCGGAUCGGACGGGUACAGGGAACGGAAGGGAGCGUUGUCGUUCGACUUCCUGUACGCGAGGCGAAUAACGAUCGAGGCUAGAGACAAAGGAAAACCACGGACGAGCGGUCUCCGCCAAAGAGAAUGAGAGAAGUAGAGAAACGGAAACGAGGUAUAAGCGAUGAGAACGAGAGAGAAAGUCGUUGGGCGAGAGGGGGGUGAAGAAGAGAGGCGACGAGGAAACGGGAUAGGAGGAAGGUGGAGGAUAGGGGAGGGGAAGUAAAAUAAAAGAGAAAAAUUUACAGGCAGCUGGCCUGUCGGUACGGCGGAGCUUCCGGUUUUAGAAUUCAGCUAGGUUCUUAAGGAGUUCGCCCUGGAGGGUGCACGGGCAUCCCCCCGCGCGCGCAAAAAGAAAAAAAAAAAAUGGGGGCGGGGUUACUUAAAUCUUAAGUCGAGUUAAGCUUUAGGAUUAAGUCGUAAGUUAUAUCGGAGAAUUUAUUUAAUA